UUUUUCGUUCGCUUAAACAAACUUUUCAUAUUUCAUUGCAUUACAUUUCACAUACUUAUUUUUCAUUUAUAGCCAAAUGAGUUUGAAUGAGCAGCGCGAAAACAGGCUCAAAACAGCGGCCGUACGGGUGACAUACGGGUCUUCCCGCCCAAAACCCACUGCAUCGCAGAAUGCGUGCUUAGCGUCGAAAAGUGUGGCUUACCCAGUCACUCCCGAGCUAUUCUCGGAAACCUUUUUUAAAAGCGCUGCCGCUUCGAACGACGAGCGCAACAAAAAACUACAGGCCAAGCGAAAGUUUGACAGCAGCGUUGGCGAGAUUAGUAGCGGUAGUAGCAGCUGCAGUAACAGUGAAAAAGACGGCGACAGCAACGCGAGACGGCGAGCAAAAAAGACGCUGGUGCAGAAAUCGCUUUUCAUUAGCAAAGUCGGCAUGAACGGAAGAGGAAAAGAUGUUAUCUCGGGCCUGCCGGUCAACCAGUCACUUCGUAAGCGCCAAAAUGGGCACCACCGCGCUGACAAGUCGGAAGGUGAUGGUUCCAAGAAAGAACAAACAUUUUUGGACUUUGGGCAGAAACCGAUUUCUCAGGAUCCAUGCAAGCAGUGUGGCAUGACGUUUCAGCGUGGCCGCCCGGAUGACGAAGAGCUGCACAGUAAAUUUCAUCGGUCGUGGCAGCGGCACCAAUCGAGACUGCUCGCUUGGGGGUUUAAUUCGGGAAUUGUCGAUACAGGCGGCAUGUCUAAUGUACGGGUUAUCGACGGGCAGGAGUCUCCCAAACGCGAGAUUCAGCGGGCUCUAGAGAUUCUCAAUAUUGCCAACGAGCACCUGGGAUCCGUUAAACUUGACAUUGAGGAUCUCGCCAAACAGCAAAGAAAGAUUUUUCUUUACGUAUCGCCUCGAGGCUACGUCGAGGGUUGUGUUCUGGCAGAGCUCAUUGACAGUGCCAGGCGCUUAGUUCCUGGGUCAAAUACAGCUGUUGAGUGUUCAGACGAUGUGCAUCCGGCGGUGUGCGGUAUCAGUCGGAUCUGGGUUGCGCCCGAAGCUAGACGAGGAGGGAUUGCGUUGCGGAUGAUCGAGGCAGUCCGUGCGCGCUUUGUUUAUGGACGCCCAGUGGCUUUCAAAGAAAUGGCUUUCACGCAGCCCACCGCCGACGGCCGCGUUCUUGCCGAGCGUGUAUUUGGACGCAGUGAUUUCCUUGUGUAUGCCGAGACUGAACCAAUUUAAUUUGUCCCUUUUUAUUGUGUCAACGAUGCUCUUUCAUGUGUUCAGCAGAGCGCUGGUCAAAAUACAGGCAUAAUUUAAAAAUUAAUCCGUUGAUUGUGCUGCCAUGUGCGCGCGUCAUCGAAAUUACAAGCAUUAUACGCGUGAGGUUAAGUUGGGUCCUUUCCCCACUUUGUGCA